AUGGACAAACUAGUGAACUCCUAUAUCAUGAGCACUGUGGAACAGUUUAAUCUGAACUGCACUGCAGCCAGAGUGUUGUUAAAUGCCAUGCCUGGGCUGGAAAGUGCUGCAGUUUUUCAGGAUAUGGUAAGUUUAGAAAGGUAUUCUUAAUCCUUUAACUCCUAAGAUCUGAUUGUUAAUUCUCUGCUCUAGCUGCAACACAUUUCCUUGUGAAUUUGUUACGAGAAUUUGGUGUUAAAUCAAGAUGACAAUUUCUACCUGAUAAGUCUGAGUAUUCUCAUUACCUUUGUGCUGGAUAAUGUAUGGAUAUUAUGGGGAGAAGUUAUCUGUUAAUCACUUCUGGGAGUUAAAAGGUUUAACUUAGUAAUCUUAAGAUGUGACUUUCUUUCUUCAGCUUGAGUUCUAUGUAAAAAUCCAGAUCAAUGUGUCCAGUUUCUGUGGCAUGGCACCCCUUGUCCUUUCCAGAAAAAAUACUCAGAAUUUACUCAUACAAUUGCUAUUUCAUCAAAUUAUAGAUAGAAAAUAUGAAUUUCAUGUAGUUACACCAUGAAAAACAGAAAAGGAAAAGAGAACUUAUUUGUUGCUCUCAGUCACCUUACUUUAGUGCAAAAAAACUUUAAAAAAAUGCAAACUUUUCAGAUCCACUUUCAUUGUUCCUUAAUUCAUAACUACAUAUUUCUUAAAUAGAACAAGAGAGAUGGCAAGGUUUAAGCUCACUAAAGAAAUAGAGAAAGAUGUUUUUUGUCUUGUCACAAGGCGUGUGACAAAGAAAAAAAUUCUGAGUCCCCAUGUUGAAUUGAACCUUUUACCUUCAGAUUCUGGGGUCCAAUGCUCUACCACUGAGCCACAACAAAUAAGAUCUCUUUUCCUUUUCUUUUUUUUUCUUUGUCUCACACUUGCUAAAUGACAAAAAACAUCUUUCUCUACAUAUUUCCUAUCAAUAAAUUUGAUGUCAAUCAUGUACAUGUAGGAAGCAAUGCUUAAUCGUUUAUGCAAGUGGGCCAGAGAAGCCUCAGAACCCCUGAGAUCAUAUGCUACAGGUAUUUAUAGCAUAGUUUACUGGUCUUACUUUUCACAGUACUUCAGGCUUUGAACAUUUUGGUCACCAUACCAAAAACAAAAGGAAAAAAAAAAGAAAAUUGAAUUGACUAAAUAUUUAGCAUCUAGUGCUCUCCUUGGGAAAAUGAGAUUUACCUAAUUCCUGUACAGCUUCUGAGUUUCUGAACUUACUCAAUUUUGUGUACACCUUUAUAAACUGGGUGCAAGUAGAAGGGUGUUUUAGUUUGGUGAUCCAAGGUUAUUUACAUUAGGUUAACCCUUGAGAGUGACUAGCAUCUAAUUUCUUCUUUCAAUAUCACCCCUGAAUCAAACAUUAAGAUCGCGAGAACAAAGGAAUUGAUAAGCAACUGAAGAACCUCCUGAUUGUUAAACAAAUUCUCCUUGUCAGUGCAUUAGGAAAUGUAUAGAGAACAGUAUGGAGAAUAUGCAUACUGAUGCUAGGGUGUAAAGAGUUAAGAUAUAAAUAGUCAUGGUUUGAUUGAGGAUUCUAAUAUUCCUUUUGGUUCAUUUUUUAUGUGUAUUGCUGCAGUUGCAUUUUUAAUUUUUUAAUAAUAAUUAUUAUUUAUUAACAGGUCUUUUAGCAUUUGCCAUGGAGAGCCAGGAUAUUGCUGCAGUAUUCAGAGAAGAAAACUCCACCUUGGUAAGUCAGUAUAGCAAUAAUGAUUUUAGAUAUAUGAAAUUCAUAUAGUUGCACUGUGGUGAAGAAAUAAGUAUUUAUAAGAGAUCCUCGCAGCCAAGAACACUACUGAACUAGUAGUUGAAAUAAGACCUGAAAAAAAUUUUCAGGCCCGUAUGGGAUUUGAACCCAUGACCUCUGCGAUAACGGUGCAGCGCUCUACCAGCUGAGCUAACAAGCCAACUGGGAGCUGGUCAAUAUGUUGGAUGUAGCAAUUUUUAAGAGUGACCACUAAGGUUACAAGAAUAAAGGAAAUGAUCAGCUAUUAAAGAAUCUAAAUUCUCAUUGUCAGCACCUUAAGAAAUGCAAGAGAACAGUAUGAAGAACAUGAGUAUUGAUGUUAGGGUGCUGAGGGUUUUUUUGUUUUUAGCUUUGUGGUUAACAGCAUUUUGUGUUUCAAACGUGUGAGUGCAAAGUUGGCUUUUCACAUCUCAGGAAUUGUUUAUUGUCAGUCAUUGCAUUUUUUGUUUGAAAAACUCUUGUAAACUAUAAGCUGAGGAUUAAAUGUUGAAUUUCACAUGAUUAGGUUCCCUCUAUGCUGCGACGGCUGCACAUUUUAAAGGACUUGUCAGACCUUACACAGCCCGCUGUGACAGACCUGUCAAACAGGAUUAUCCUGAAAGCAAAGACAAACAGGAACAAGAGUGAAAACAGUAACAGCAUGAGUAACAAGAUAAAGAAAGUGAAUCUUGCUGAGCCAGGACCAUCAUGCACUGUGCCACAGAAUGGCGAGUUAUCCGGUUUGUGUAAUGGAGAAGUGGAAGAAGUGAAUAGCUACAAUGGAAAGGGUUAGUUCACUUUUGAGUAUUGUAACUCAGAUUGUCCCUCUGUUAGUGAGUUCAAUCUCCUAGCAACUUCAAGUUGAUUUAACUGUCUUUUCAAACUGAGUGGUAGGACUCGUUUGUAACUUGAAGGCUCAAUUAUUCUCCUUUGGGUUUUCACUUUGACAGCCAAGGCAAUGCUUUCAAUAAGACCCUGGCACCGGUAGGAACUCCAGCAGGUAGUCUGUAGUGAAUUGCCAGGUAUACGCUGGGAGCUUUCAUGCAAACUUACGAUGUGAGACCUAAAACGCCUUGAGAUCUUGUAGAGUUCUUUCAGUCUACUUUUGCCCUUAAUAAAUAAGUUUUGAUAAAUGUUUGAUAUUUAAUCUUAUCAUAUAUUUCAGCAUAAAUUUCCAGCCAAAAAAAAAAAAAGAAAGAUUUUGAGUUUCCAACAAAAAACUGACUCAAAUUUUGGUAAACAGUAACCAUAUGUCGUUUCAGAGGACUUUUUGUGUGAAACACAAGGAGGAGGCUUGUCUGUCAGCAAAUGGAAGAUUUUGAUAAUAAAAUGAUCAGUUAAACAAUUGUUAUCAAGGACUAAAUUGUUUAAGAAUCAUCUAGGGAAGUUUGACACCAAAAACUUUGUUUGAAGGGGGGGGGGAUAAGGGGGAGGAGGAAGUAUGCCAAGUAGGUUUGCCCUGCACAAGUUAACUCAGUUUCCUUAAAAUUUUUAAAUAUUUUCCUUUUGUUUCAGGCAAAAGUUGUCUACAAGCUAAACAUCCAUUGCUAGUUAAAACAAGCAGGGGUUUCCGUUCCACUGGAAAUGUAAUUUGUGCACCUAAGGGAGGGUACCACAUAGUCCCUAUGUCCUUUUCCCUCUCCCCCCUGACUCUUGGCAUGCAGCAGAGACUAAUUCUACAGUAUCUGACUCCCUUGGGGGAAUAUCAGGAGGUAUGUGCUGUAAUUAGGCACUUGAGCAUUUAAUGAUAUAUGAAGAACAGAGAGAGUCUCUCCACUGAAGUAUGUGGGAAGCUUGUGGGAAAAGGGCUCUGAAUCAAGGAUAAAUUGGAAAUGUCACACAACUUGAAAAUUUGAGUUUGGACCGUUUUAACUAGUCGUGUGCGAGCAAGAAUUAUUUUUUGGAGGAAGGGACAUACAUUGGCCUUGGUCAGAAGAUAACACACUCGGAUCAAGAAUUCUUGAUCAUCUGAUGCGCUUUAACUGAACGUACGCAAGCAAGAAAUACUUUUUAGAUGAAGGGACAUAAAUUGGCCUUGGUCAGACGAUAAUGCACUCGGAUCAAGGAUUUUUGAUCAUGUGAGGCGUUUUAACUAAUUGGCGCGAGCAAGAAAUAUUUGUUGGAUGAAGGGACAUGCAUUGGCCUUGGUCAAAAGUAAAUACACUCAGUUCUGAAUGAAGAGGUUCUACUUGAGCCGUAGCAAAUUUUAUCAGUUGCUGUGGCAACUAAAACAGUCGUAGCUGAGCUUGGACCAUUGCUUGGCCAUUGAUUUAUCUUGACACAUUUUUCUUUGAACAUUUCAACUCAGCUGUUGCCGACAGUGUUUGAAUCGAAAGCCCUGGAUCUUGUCAUGCACUACAUUACAUUUAAAGGCCAGGUGGACCUACAACUUGUCUUUGAAGCCCUCAAGGUAGGAAGGAGGGAGUAACGUCAUGCUUUGUGUUGUACGUCUAGAAUUUCAUGCAGUUACGGUUGGUUUUCACCCUCGCCGGUGUACUUACAAAAAGCGUACAGCGAUAUGAUCCUGUGAAAAUCAAACCGAUAGAAUCAGAAGUAAAAUACUGAUUCCACUUAUGACUCCUUCGCUAAUGAUAUGUGAAAAAUAAAUUGCUGGAGUUUUCAGCCAUCGGUUAGCUCAGCUGUGAUUCCGAAAAUCGAUUUUUCACUUGAUCAUAAGCGUUGGAGUUAUAAGCGGAAUCAGAAGAAAAGAAAUUGUUCGGAAUAUUCGGACUCCGAUUUCGUCAAGCUUUUGGCUCCACUUACGACUCCAACUCUCGAUUUUCUCUGGGUGGCUGGCACUCCUACAACUAAUGAACAAUUCGGCUCCAAUUCUGUCUUUUGUGUAAACGAACCUUUAGACACUCUACCACAUUCAUCCCUCUUUAAAAACACUACUUUAACUCUUCAACUCCCAGAUCAAAUUUGUAAUUCUCCUUACUGUCAACCAUAGAAUUCUUAUAAUGUUAGUUCGGAUAAUUUAGUAUUGGAUCAGCUAAUCCUGCCCGAAUUAAUAAUUUUCUUUAUUCUCAUUACUUAUCUGGUUGAUAUUGUAUUGAUAUUGUAAGGAGAAAUUCUGUCUUGGUCACUCGUGGAAGUUAAAGGUUAAGACAAUAAUGCAUUGUGCCGACUGAGAUCUGACAAAAAAAGCCUCAGAAUUUAAAAGCUAUUUCCUUUUAUUGUCGUUUUAGUAUUUGGCAUCCCUCCUUUGUCAUAAAAAAUUUGCCACAGAAUUUGUGACUCAUAACGGUGCCCAGCGGUUACUAGAAGUGCCACGCCCAUCAGUGGCUGCUACAGGAUGUUCUAUGUGUCUGUAUUAUCUCGCUUACAAUGAGGACGCCAUGGAGAGGGUAAGACAUUUUUCCAAUUUAAAAAAAUGUUUGAAGUUUUCUGAUUUGUAGUUGUAAGAAAUGCAUUAUUUAGUACAGAUUUAACUUACCAAUGAUCGGUGAGUUAUGAGCAGACCAGUAUUUUCUAAAAGAAAGAGGUAACGAGUAUCAUUCCGUUAAACAUGAAAUAACAAUGAAUAACACAUCUCUGCUUAUUUUUCAAUCAAUCUCCCUCCCCCCCCCUCCCCAAAAAAAAAAAAAAGCUUAUUUAUGUAUAACAUAUAACCUACAGGUAGAAAAAACUUAACAGCACUUAUUGCUGCAUGAAGAGAGAUAAAAAAGGAAUUAAAGAAAAACUGGUUAAAUGGAUAAAGAGAAUUGCAGACGAGGAGAUAGAAAAAGAUGAAGAUAAGAUACAUAGAAAUAAUCACUCAAAAAAAUGUUAUCUUACAAAACUACCAUUAAUUCUACAAAAAAACUUCCAUGAUUAAAUUCUUGGUGCUCUUUUUUCUACAUGGGUCAGAGGAUCAUGAAAUUAACAAACAGAAUAUGUCGACGGAACCUCCGUAACUGUUUCAAACAACUUGUUUCAGGUGUCCCUCCUACCAAACCCUGUGCUGAGUGACCUGGUCAAGUAUGCAUUGUGGCUUCUAGAAUGUUCUCACGACUCUGGCAGAUGUCACGCAACUCUCUUUUUCUCGCUCACGUGUUCAUUUCGAGCAGUGCUGGAAUUGUUCGACAGUAAUGAUGGUCUGCGGAAGCUUGUGAACCAGGUAAUUAGUCAGUUUUAUUUCUUAAUUACACGACACGGUUUGGAACCCAGAGAAACGUGGAUCGUGUAGUUCAAUCACCUGGAGUAGGAUCACACCACGAGGUCUAUUUGUUCUGUGACCUUUCCGUUCUCGUAGGAGUAGCAAUUUCUCUUAAUAACACUCAUUCGAAAUAUUUUGCAAUACGUAAAGAAAUAAAAGAACGACUAAGGUAAAUAUUUAAUAAAAUAGUGGAUAACGUUGAAGGCCCAUUCUGAUUGGCUACUCAAACUCCGAAUAUCCGUUACUGUUCACCUCCAAGAAACUCGCGCGUGAUUUGCGCACGGAAAUAUUGCAAUCAUCGCGGGAAUAAAUGAGUUAAAAUCAUCCCUUUUUGCUAUAUUAUCUUACUCUUUAAGUAUAUACUAAAACAAAUAUUCACCUCAGUGUCGAUGGCUGGCGGUGGAUAUUCACCUCGCGGCUUCGAGACUCAGUGAAUAUCCACCAAUAGCCAGCCACCUCCACUUCAAAAAAAUCACGGUUUGUUACUUUUGAAACGUAGUUUAGAGACAUGCCGACCGCUAUGAAUAACAAGUAUUUUUAGUGCACGCCGUGUUUGCAUUUUCCAGACUGCGCAGUCUCAUUUAAAUUUUUUCAAGCCAUUUUACGGUCCUAUUCCACUUGCGUUUCCAUCUUGAAAACAACGAAUAUUACUGGCUGCAAACCAUUCUAAAAGAAUCUUUUUUUUGUUUAACCUUGUCUGGCAGCUAAGUACGCUUUCAAUCCUUCGUCCCGAUGAGGCAGAACUACUGAGUGAUGAUGAGGUGUUUGGCAGCAGGCAGACAGCGAAACAUACUUGCAUGGCUCUACGGAGAUAUUUUGAUGCCCAUCUUCACAUCAGGGCAGAUGCGCUCAGGAGAUCUAUUGCAAGGAACGAGGGUGGAACACCACCAGUUCCAGUUCCAGCGUAUAAGGUGAAUUUCCAAGGCUACUCCCUAAUUCUAGGAGAAAAUUUGUAUAUCGUCAGAUGGGCAAAUUCAGUAUGUUAUGUUAUGUAAAAGGACUACGCCUGCUCGGCUGUUUUAGUUUAGAGAGGUUGGAAGUUAACUUAAACCUGGCAAAGGUUUUUGGCAAUAUUCUGCUUAACAUUUAAUCCCAUCCUUGUAAAUUUUCACUUUUACCACGAAAGUUUAUGAACCUCGCCUAACAAACACUCCAAAUCGUCUUAAAUAUUUACGCAGAAGACACUGUUUUUGAAUAAAUCGUUUCUUAAAUAUUUGCUGCGUCGGUGGGAGAGUAUAGCAGGUAAUUUAGUGUUAACAACUGGGUUGAAGAUACCUGUUUUUGUCUGGUUGUCUGUCUUUUGCCCUUUUUGUUUGUUUGUUUUUGUUUGUUUUUUGUCUGUUUGUCUGUCUGCUUGGUUUUGUUUGUUUGUUUGUUUGUUUGUUUUUUCCGCAGUUUUGUCUUUGGUAGCCAAGCAUCAUCAUGUUCAACUGAUAUUGAUGAGCAACUGUUCUCUUUCAGGCUGCAUCCCUGUCUCACAGCAGUGUAAUGGAGAACUGUCAGUUGAUGUUAGAGUAUGCUCCAACAACACUGCGUUGGGAGCCUGUUGAGGUAAUAACUGAGAAAUAACGCAAAAGGAAAAAAAAAGCGUCACAUGGUCGUGGUUGAUUAUUUCGCAGAGGCGUAUCUUGGUUUAUUAAGUGGAGGGCACAUAAUAGCAUUGAACUCCUAUGUAGAGUGUUAUAGUAUUUUUCACAGGGACAUGAUACAAUGUCCAGCUUCAAACUCGUAGCUUAUGAAACCCCUCGAUGGACACCAUAACACCUACUUCCAUUGCUUUGUUGUUGUUAGUCGUUAUUCUCUUCGGUUUUAAUAUUAGUAUUAUCAUUAUUAUUAUUAUUAUAAUUAUUAUUAUUAUCAUUGUUAUUAUUAUUGUCAUCAUCAUCAUAAUUGUUAUUACUAUUAUUAUAUUCAUAAGUUUCCUAGUUUACACAUACGGUUCGCUCUCAGGAAUAGAGUGGAGAAGUUAUUUCAUUCAUUUGUGUGUUUGUUCGUUUCUUGUUUUGUUUUGUUUUUGUUUUUAUUUUUUCAUUUUAUUCACCAAUGUUCAUAAGCAUAGACACACCUUGCCAAUUUACCUAUAACUAAAGUAAACUGUCUUCCGUCUGAGGUCUUUACAGUGUCAGAAUGCACACAUUUUCUCAUUUUUAUUAGGGAUUUGUGGCAAACCACUACGGCCUGAAACGAGGACGUGGCCAAACAAAAGAUCUAAUUGCUCAGCACGUGCGUUUUAGAACUUUCUACAUUUCCGUAGAUGCUCUCUGCAAAACAAAAACGUGAAAUCACCCAAAGUUGCGUGGUCUGAGAACGGAAACACCGAUUGCAAAUUAGUAAAACUUACAUUUGGAACUCAACCCUGCUUACAUAUGUUAUGCUGAAGUUGUGGCCCCGUAAGAGACGAUAAACACAUCCAGCCACUCGCGAAAUUCUAACCAAAAGUAAAAAUUCAUCAUUUCAGUCGACGUCUUCCUCGACGUUGCCUUCCUGACUGCUCAAGUUCGCUAUUAUUUAGCAUGUUUUCUUUUUAUCCUAAAGAUGAUGAACAGACUUCAAGGCUUCACCCUGCUGCUUCAGUUGAUCUCCUUAUCGUCAGACUGGGGAGUGACUAGUAAUAGGUAAGUCAUUGGUUUUGCUAUCAUUUCUCCAGAGUUUGUACGAGUCUAGGAAAUCAGGAAAGGUCUGCUUGUAGGACUGUGCUACUGGACUUUGAAAUUCUCGGAAAUCGUUUCAACUCAAGGAAUUGAAGUUUUUGAUAAUUCAAAAAUCAAAAUUGUGGCUGAAUAUUAGUUGUAAAGAUUUUCUACUGCCUUCGAAAAAAAAGGUACAAUUGUCGACUUAUGAUUUUAGUUUUGUCGAUUUUAAAGAUUUUACAAUUUUCCUUUGCUCCAUUUAAUAUCAUCUAUUGGAUUGUUCCAUUUCCGAUUAAGUUAGCCGAUUUUGCUAUAUUGGUGAACUCUGAAUAUUUACUAAGAUUUUGUUUAUAAACAGCUUGUUAAUCCUCUUCAUUCGUGUUUCGGUCCAUUCAAAGCGGACGCCAUCCGAUUCAGAUGGCGCUGUUUGUGUUGAAGUCGGUCCAAGGCUCAGAUGGCCGUGUGGAGAAGUGCAACAACAGAAAGGAAUGAGGUAUGAUCUACGGGAAGAGAAUUAAUUUAGACGUGAAGACUCGAAAAAUUCCCAUCUAAGGUCCUUCGUGAUCAUCAGAAGGAGUAGAAGUGUUCUUAGUCACUUUAUAUUAGCCAUCAAAUGUGGAAACAUUUGGUAGCAAGAGGCCAGAAGGCUUAUAUACUCUAUUCAGUCAUAUUAAGAAAUAUUUUUUCCAGGCUUCUGCUGCGUUGCGCUGAAGGGAGUUUACUCAAUGACUCUGAGGUACAGAAAGCCGCUCUCCACGUCAUUUGUAACUGUGUGUGCGGUCCUCGAGUCAGGGUAAGUGGUUUGUGCGCGUUUAGAUUUAGUUCCCUCCCUCUCGCAUGAAUUUCUCAAAGUAUUUUAGCGACAGAAAAAAAACAACAACAAAAAGGAACAAGCAAAAACAAAUAAGAAACAGAGUUACAGGCGUAGUUUGUUGCUAGAGCAGGCGAAAAUUCUUCAUUUUGUAACUGACUUGGUAAUGAUAAAGUCGCUUGAAGUUGAGUCAAUAUCGGAGUCAACACGAUAAGCUUUGCUUACCUCUACACGGUUCCUCAACCCCCUCCCUCCCCUCCCUCAACGCUGCUCCCCUCCCAAUCUUAGGCUGAUUAAAGUUCAUUAAAGAAUUGCUACUCAAACGUUAGGAAUAUUUGUUGAAUUUAAAAGUACUUAGUGUUUAAGGCGUUAAGCUACCAGGCCGAGUGCGUUGUUCCUUUUUUCCAUUUUUCCGUUUAACUACUGUACAGGCCUGAUUUUUUUCAGUGUUUUUUUCAACUGCUUAAGUAGUGUUUGGCGUCACCGCGAUGAUUACUUUUGUCUUCAUUGUUUGCAGAUUAGCGGAGCUGUUGCAAAAUUUCAGUCGAAAUCCAAGCCGGCUUUCAAAAGCAGCGACGACAUCUUAUCCAAGAUGUGGGGAUGUGUCAGGGCCAGUAAUGGCAUCAAGGUUCUGCUCUCCUUACUGAUGGUGAAAACGCCAUUGGUUGAUGCAGAUUGUAUUCGUGCUCUGGCUUGUAAAGCGUUAUGUGGUUUAUCGAGGAGCGACAAGAUUAGACAAGUCAUUGGAAAACUACAGCUGUUUAACAGCGGCCAGUUACAAAGUGAGUAUUGCACUGCGCAGUGCUUUCUUCACACUUGUCCAACCAUGUAUAUUAUACAACUGGGCGUGCCCGUGGGCAAGAUGAAGCGAGUCCUGUGUUCUGAUAGAUACCUGAGCUCUCAUCCGCUUGGGGUAUCACGCUUUUAUCUCGCGCAAGAUAAAAGGUUGCGUUGCGAAGACUUACAAAGUUUGUAAUGUUUAGCCAACGUCGGCAAAGAAGUCGUAAAAAGCGAUAGAGGACGGUCAAAACACUUUUUCAAAUGUAAAACGAGCACUCACCAUCACAGAUGGCUUUCUUUUCCAGCGCUUAAAAGAAAACAAGUCAUUCUUGAUUCUUAUAUAAGCAGAAUAAUUUUGCUAUGUAGUAAUUCCUUCAUUGAACAACUUAAUCAGUCAAGAGCUUUUGUCUAGUUCAAGACUCUUCGUCUCAGUUCACAAAAGCGCCAAAAAGAGCUCGCCAAAUAUCCAGCUAUCUUGACGUAUUUACAGCCAUGUUGACCUUCUAAAACAUUACUUCAUUUCUUUCGUUUACGUUGACUCAAUGUCGUUUGUCUCGAAUUUGUUGACAGUUUUGAUGCGAGAGCCGAUCAUUGAGGAUAAUGCUUCUGACCACGCCCUUUUCUGCAAAUAUGCUGCUGAGCUACUUGAAAGAGUCACUGGUAAAUCCCUGGCUACGUCCUCUGCAGUCCCGUCCCUGUCUAGAAUAAACAAGGUAUGAACUUGUAAUUGACACAACCUAUCGUCUCACACAGGGAGGGCGGAGACCUUCAACAGCGUCUUUACUCGACAGUUUACAGCUCAUUAACUUUUGUUUGAACGGCAAACUUACGGUAAAGUCUAAUUUCGAUUAUUAAAAUUUUGCUUAAAUAAUGAACAAUCGAUGAUUUUGAUUUGAAGAAUUUAUCAGAAUCUACUUCUUUGUAUUUCUUGUUUAAAAAUGGAUGGUCAUCGAGAUUGCCUUCAGGCUUUCUCUGUUUUUCAGAGGAGGGGAGGAGGGACACCAUCAGUUUCCCUGCCAUCCCCUCCCAAAAGAAAACAUUUGAUCGUAGGUAAGAUGGUCACACUAUCGGUUUUCAUCUAAAUACUUUUAAGUUAAGAGGAAAUUUAGAAAUUAAUGCUUUCUAGAGCAUUAUUAGAACAGCCCAGUAAGAAAUCAUAUGUAAAUUUAACAGUUUUAGAGUUUGAAUUGUCCUUUUACUUCUCUUACCCAAUAGCUUCUGUGGGGUCUGUGGGGUCGGUUUUCUUACUUAUUUCGAUGUUCUCCUAAGUAGGACACUUUCAAACCCUGUACAGCCCAAUAACUAAAUAUCAGCCUUUACUUUCUUAGGCUGAUGUUGUUGCGCAGACUCAUAUUUCAUAUCCGGCAAAAGAGCUUUUACAACUGGUUCACAGUCACCUCACAACCCAAGGUUUGUUGUGGAGCGUCGAGGAGCAUUAAGAGAAAAUCAGGUCAAGGGGCGGAAUCACAAACUGAAGAAUUUCCCUUUAAACCUAUUUUUAGAUCACACCCCGCUUCAUAAUAUUUCACUCUUGAAAUUUAGACACGAAAGUCCCAAGUCAUCUGACAGUCCAACAAUUAUGCAGAGCUGGAUUAUUUCUAUAAUUUAGUAGGAAUAAUCUUUGUUGUAAGGCCUCUUUGUAGUUAAGUCUCUGCUUCUUAUUUUGAGUGUCAUAUAGCAAUCAAAACAACCAAUCAGAACGAAGAAAAAUAUCACGUGGAGCCAAUAAGAAUUUAAGGUAAAAAUAAACAACCUUCUGAAGCGCGGGAAAACGCGGGCGACAAAAUCGCAACUGGUUUUAGUUUUGAAUCUGAUUGGUUAAGAAGGUGGCGUGAGUUGUCUAGAUCAAUUACAGCCCUUAGCAGAGCAAAGGCGAAGCGUCCCAGAUUACUUUGGACACUCGAAUUAAAUUUGUUCUAGUCUUGAGGGUGUUUGGCUCAUUUGUUAAUCAAAGGUGUGGUUGUUUUGGACUAGGACUUCAUGAGACUGCAGAGGUUUUACGGAGAGAAGCCAAUCUACCUGACCCAAAACCUGAAUCAAAUCUGCUUUACACGCCUACUAAUAGGAAAGUAUGUGGUGCAUGUUGUCUUUGUUAAGUGUAUUCUGUGAUCACAAGGUCCCUUGAUUCAUGAGGAAAAUACAAUCAUCUUGUAACAGCGAUCGCAUUUUCUAAAGUCAUUUAAUAAUGGCACGAGUCUGCGUGAUCGGGUUAUGAUGAAAAUGACCAAAUUUGUCCUUUUUUUUCUGAAAUUCUUCUGUGAAAUUCUUUUACAGGGAAAAGAAUCGACAAAUUAAGUCAGCCCAUCUGUCCUUCAUUUCAUCAUUCCAUUCCUUUGUCCACCAGUCCAUUAGUUAGUCAGCCGUUAGUAAGUGAUUGAGCUUGUCACUCUACCAGUCAGUCAGUCGAUCAGCCCAUCCGUUAGACAGUCUGUCGGUCAAUUUAGUAUUAUCAACUGAGUUGAUAACGUACAUUGGCCACCAUAAAGGGUAAAGCUGACAUUUCGAGUGUUAGCUCUUCGUCAUAGCGACUGAUGUAGGGUUAACGCCAGAAACGUCAGCUUUUAAACUCUUUACGGUGGCCAAUUUACGUUUACCAACUCAGUUGGUAAUACUGAAUUACUUUGCUAUUCUCUCCCACCGACGCAGCACCACAGCGCUUCUUUAGAAACUUGCCCCCUUUAUUAGUCUGUCAGUCAAUCAGCCCGUCAGUCAGUUAGUUUGUUUGUCAGUCUGUCAGUUAUUCCGUCUCUGUCAGGCAGUCAGUCAAUUAGUCAAACAAUCCGUCUGUCAGUCAUUCCGUCUGUCCGUCAGUCAGUCAGUCAAUCAGCCCGUCAGUCAGUUAGUUUGUUAGUCAGCCGGUCUGUCAUUGCGUCUGUCCGUCAGUCAGUCAAUUAGCCCGUCAGUCAGUUUGUUAGUCAGUCUGUCUGUCACUACGGCUGUUCGUUUAUCAGUCAGUCGGCUUGUCCGUCCAUCAGCUAAUCAACCAGUAAAUCGUUCAGUAGGUUAGAGCUCGCUUGUUCGGUCAGUCGAUCGGUCGAUCAAGUGAAUCAGGCGGGCAAGCAGUCAGGCUCAUAAUGUGGAUCGUAUCUCUUCGUACAAGACUAACCGUAUGCUUACCGUCAUGUCCCAUGUCACUGUACACAGGUUCGAUUCAAUCACUCCUCAAGCCUUUCUAUGGCCUCCUCUGGUGUGAGCACUCCCGGGACUCCAUCCCUGACGCGGUACCGAUUCAACGACCCUGGAACACCAACAGGAAAGGUAAUAACAAUGUUUAGAUGAUUGAGCGGUCAGGAUAACUGUAUCUGAAUGCUGAUCAUAAUUUUGGCGUGUGCUUAUCCCACCCCUGCCAUAAGAACAAAGAAAUUCAUGGAAAGAGUCUUUUUUUAAUCUCGUGUAAAUUUAUUUGUCGAAAAGGAUAAUAAUUUGUUGAUUAUUACGAUAUUAUUAUUUUAUUAAUGUUUUGUGUUACAAUAUUGUUUAUGAUACGUCGAUCAAUUUCUUUGUCUGCAUGUUUGUUUUGGUCAGCGGCUUCUACCUUCCGAUCUUUCUCGCCCUGCACGCCCACCGUCACCUCCUACGUUGGACAUGAUCGUGACGCGGUAUCUUCGCGAACAGCAUGCGCAGUGUAACAAUCCUGUGUCCGCUGGCCCUCCAUUCUCCUUAAUACGGUAAGUCAUGUAUGCCAGAGCCAAAAACGUCUGAAAAAGUAUUUCAGCUUGUUUGGAGGAUAGCCAGUAGUUUCAUUAAGAGUUUCUUAUGCGCAUUCCACUCUUGCUUAAAUAUGGUAUCGUAGUGCCUCCCGUUAAGAUUUUAAAGGUGCAAAGUUUCUAAAGAACUGUGGUGCUUUGUUGUUUGGAGAGUUUAAGAAGGUAAUUUGGUAUUAUAAACUGAGUUGAUAACGUAAAUUAGCCACCGUUUAUAGUUCCGAAUUUAACGUUUCGAGCGUUAGCCCUUCGUCAGAGCGAUGACGAAGGGCUAACGUUGACUGAAGUGGUGACCAACUCGACUUAUAAUACCAAAUUACCUCGUUGAGAUUUUUUACGAAUUUUGUACGACCCCUAAGUAAUCACCACCGCCUAUCUCUUUAACGGUAGCUACUUAUAUAAAAGGUUUGUGAAACCCUAAACUCCUCCUGGUAGACCGGUAGGUGAGUAAGAAUUAUUUCUUGCCUACAAGGUUUUCUAGGUCACUAGACGAAUAGACUUUCUCUUGUUUUGUUUUGUUUUUUUUUUACACUCCCUUACUGUUUUUAUGUAUUUGUUUCCUUUUUUUUAACUGUUUCUCCGAAUGUUUGCCCGUUUAUUUAAAACAAUCAACUUAUUCCGAUUUGUCUAUCGUCAGACCCCACAAAUGCCCUGAACCAAAGUACAGAUAUUACGCACCAUCGAACAUGACGACGAGGUUAAAGCGAAGAGAAGUAUGUAUAUUGCUAUUGUUCUUAGCUUCAAACAAAACUAUUUUGCCACGGUGGCGGACAAAGGAAACACUUAUCUCAUCAUCAUAAUAGGUCGUUCUGAUACUCGUGUCAGCUCCUAUUCCAGAGUGAUCUCCCUCAACAUUUAUCUGUACUCAAUCUUGAAAAAUGUUUUCCCACUUGAAGGUGAUUCCGCGUCAUGGCGGAUUUAACGGCGCCAGACUAAACAGACGGUUUGUGUACGGAAGGUAGGAGAUGCCUUAUUUGUACUUCGUAUCGCUUUAUUAGAAAUUCUUAAUGUUUUUUUAACAGAAUCAUUGUAACCUGAUUCUCAGACCCCUGUCCACACGUAAACGGUAUUUCUGAACACAGGUGACGGAGGUUUCCAUGAUCUCUCAACAGAGUGGAUUUUUCGUGUUUUUCAAAAGCGCCGGCUUAUCGUCUUCGCGUCGACCAAAAGAAGUGGAGUUUUUCACGUGCAAGGACGUGACACUAGUUGAUCUCCUUUUGAAGUCUUUUAUUUUCAGUUUUAUUAGCAGAGACGUUUGGACUCAAGGAAACGAUUCGAAUAUGCCAAGUUUGCUCAAGAUAAUGUUCAAGAUAAUGUUCCUCUAGAGAAUUCUGACGCAUUUUACCGACGAAGUUUCACAAUUAGUCGUUGAUUGUGUUAAGUUUAGUUCUCGGUUGUGUCUAACUGUGUUUUUCUCCAUUAGAUUUAAACCGCUCAGGGCCAUUCGCGAUACCGAAGAAAACAGCUUCUUUACAUGUGCAUGUUUUGCAGUAAGUCUCUCUGUUAAGAUUAAAGCCAGUUGAAACUGAAAACCGAUUUUUUCAAAUGUUUUUACGUUGAACAAACCGUAACACAGUUCCUCAGACAUCAAAUUUACUCCUUAAAAAUUUCUCUUCAGGGCUUGACCCUUUUCACGCUAACAUCAGUAUGCAUAUUCUCCUUACUGUUCUCUAUGUAAGUCCUAAGGUGCUGACAAAGAGAAUUUGUUUAACAAUCAAGAGCUUCUUAUUUGGUGAUCAUUUUCUUUAUUCUCGUGAUCCUAAUGUUUGCUUCAAGGAGUGAUAUUGUAGAGAGAAAUUAGACGCUGGUCACUCUUAGAAGUCAAACGGUUUGAACCUCUUGUUUGUGUCGUUUGCAUUUGGCUGAUUCUUAGUAAAAUGGAAAUUAUGAUUUUUUUUCUACCCGUUGGAAUUAUCCUUACUAUAGUUUAAAAAAAAAGUAGUGGCUUUUAUGAGGUCAUGUAAACGUAGUACCUAAGUUUUUUACUUUUUCUCCUCAGCCCGAUGGCAAGUCUGUUUUACUUGGAACACAAAUAGGCGAGUUGAAGGAAUACAACUUAAUAACUGGACAGGUACAAAACUCAAUUUACACCUUUUUGAUUGAUUUUUUUUUUUUUGGUUCUUUUUUGGAUUUAAACCGUUCAGUGCAUGAUUUUCAUGUUCAUUUUUAUUUUAUGUAUUUAUUUUUAAAAAAUGAUAUUUUGCAGGAAGAGGCGACUUAUCUCUGUAGCGCAGACAGAGCAAUUUCCAUGUGCCAAUGUUCAAAAGUAAGAGUACAACAUGGAUGUUUCCCUCCUCAUAUAGUUAAAAAUACCUUUCUUUCUACUUCGAACAGGUCGAAAGUUUCAUUAAUGUUUUUCACGUUUUUUGGGGGGGGGGCGCACCCACCCCUCCCUUCCCCAACCCAACAACAGUCAAAUGGUAACAAGUUAUGUUCGAUGUUGGAUUUCUUUCCACAUCCACACAAACAAGGCAGCUCCGCUAUUGCUUUUAAAUAACUUAACGUUCGGUCAAAUCCAGUCUUCUUGUUAACUGUUUAGUUUCCAUAUCUUUCGCUGAAACCAAUCAACCCUCUUUAUUCAUCAAUUUUGCAGCGCGUUUCGCAACGUUAUGAACCUUUCUAAGGCUUAUGUGAACCUUUUAGGUUGUGUUCACGAAUUCAUUUAUCACUGAAAUUGUCUUUCUGUUCUUCAUUCUUCAAUUUUUAGGACCGCGAACUUUUAUUGACAUCAUCUUCGUCUGCUUUGCCUCCCUGUGCUCUUUGGUCAUUUGGAGACGUUUUCGAAAUGAAGUAAGUCUUUGAACUUGAAAACCUGUUUGAUUCGUACCACUAGUGCAUCUGAUAGGCACGUCCUUGUUUGUGUCCCUGCUUGAUUUAUAUGUAUCUCACCUUUAACAAACUACAAUGUUUGUCGCAGAAACAUAAAACAAACACAUACUUCACUAUGUUUUACCAUUAAUUUUUAUUCACUUGACUUUCGCUGAAAUACAAGAAGAAGUUUUACAUUAUUCUGUCAGAGCUACGACUUUUACAGAAGACACUUAGACAAAUUAAUUUCAUAGAUUACAGGAGACGAGCAAUGAUUCCAACUUAAUUCACCUGCGGCAAUUGACGCCCAAGAUCAAAACAAGCAUUAUGGGAAAUAAUUUUGGUGUAUGUCAUGGCUUGUAUCCUAUAAUCGGAUUGGUGUUAAUAACACGGUGACAGUAGGCGAACUAUAAUAUUUUGUCGUUACAUUUAUCUCUCUAUUUGAUAAAAAAUGUUAUUUACUUUCUAAUUUUAUUUGUUUCUCUUUGGCUCAGACAUCCAUUUAGCGAAGACACCUGGGUAAAGUUUAGUAAUUUAUCAGAAGACAGAAUUAUUGGCACACACGACGCUACUGCGCAUGUGAGUUCAAGACGUUUGAUGCAUUUUCACUUCUAAAUACAUCACGAUCAGCCUUAGUUUGACAAAUUGUCGCUGUUCAUCUAGAACAUUUACAAAAGGAAAAAUAGAUCAGCGAAAUUGCUACUGCGUGAACACGGGAUAGCAAGAUAGAAUCACCAAUUUCGCCCAAGUUUGUACACGAUCAUUUUUUGUCUCGAAUACAUGGACUUUUAAGAAGUAUUUUUAGCUCGGACUUCAUGGCCAAGAUCACUUUUCUGCGCCUCAGUUUACUUGUUCUGAGACCCCUUGGCUGUGUUUGAUAAUUUUUUAAUUUGCUAUUUUGAUAUGCUUCAGAAACAACUUUGGUUUUUCUUUCAAGUCACUCAGUUGAAAUACGCCUUUUGAAACAUUAGUCAAACUUUAAGGCGCCGAACUCGAGAUUUUUAUCGGUAGAUCGUUGAUAAAUUGGAGGCAAAGCCUUGUGAUUACCUUAGUAAAGGUUGACCAAUGUUUUCUUGUAUUUGAUUCAGGUUUUUUUUUUUUGUCGUUUAUUGCUUGUGGUACUUCUCUGCCAAAACACCCUUUUUAUUUCUCGAUAACUGCGAACAUUAGAAUGCAGUUAGAGUGUGAUGAUAUUAUUCACUAGAUUAUAUUCAACCAUCAGAUUUACGACACUGCGACAGGUCAGCGGGUACUAACUCUGCACGAUUCCAACAACACUAACAACUACUCAAAGAACCUCGCCUCCUUCAAUCCCACGGACGACCUGGUACUGAACGACGGUGUAUUAUGGGAUGUCAAAGGCAAACGGGUUAUACACAAGUUUGACAAGUUUAACAACUUUGUCAGCGGCGUUUUUCAUCCCUCUGGGCUGGAGAUUAUCAUCAAUUCAGAGAUUGUAUCCUUUUUUUUUGUUUUUAAAGAACGAGCCAAUGCUAGACUGUAAAGCAGUGAGUCCAGAUUCGCGAAAAUAACGGAACACAACGUCGGCCUUUCACGGAUCUCGAAAAAUCACUCUACCUCCUCCUUCUUACUUUGACAGUGAAUUAGGAGAGAGAUAGAUAUCAAGGACUAUUAUUUCAUAAGAAAAGUUUAUUGUUUCCUCAUUUUGAGCGUUUUCGUGAAGCAAUACACAGUCACCUGACUGAUCCACUGAGCAUAAACUUAUGUCUAAAUAUCCUUGGUGAUUUGCUGGCCAAUUUACAUCAUCAACCUAGUCGAUAAAACCAAACUAUCUUAUUUCCCCGCCCUCACAACUGACGUAGCACUACUGUUUCUUGUGACACUAACCCCCUAGAAUGUCCAAAGCAACUCAUUUCAAAUAAACCGUGUGCCUUUUGCUUUGCCAAUAAUCCUUGACGCUAAAAACAGUGGGAUCUUCGCUCUUUCCAUUUACUGGACACGUGUCCUUCACUAGAUCAAUGUCACGUGAUCUUCAAUAACUGUGGUGACGUCAUGUAUGGGGGUAAUUUCAUGUUUACUUGUUUACACACUUCUCAAAUUUGUUGAUACUUUAUUAAUUUUUCACGAAGGAAACCAGACCCGACAUUGAGGUUUUAGUGCGUCCAAGUCGUGAGCUUUUAGUUGCGAUCUAUAUGUCAUCUCGAUAUUCAAAUUCAAAUUGAGAGCACAGAAUACUCAUCCGGGAUUAUGGUUCCAUAGGUUUUUAGCAGUUUAUAGACAUCCAAAAUUGCGUAAGGAAAUUUUUCAACUUUUCAUCAAUUAUUUAGCAAUUUUUGCGGUGUUUGGAAAAGUGAAAGAGCUCUAGCUCUUUUAUUCCACUCAUAACCCUAAAACUUCCGGUUCCAUUCUUUCCAAGGUUGGAUAGCGCUAUCCACUAGAAACUCUAUCCGUCGGAUAGCGUUAUCCGCCCUUUACAUAGCUGGGCCCUUAGAGAAAAGUCCCUCAGAGCCUCUGAUAUCUCAAAAAAUGAAAAAAAAAAUGAAUUCUGGACUGAAGGGAACGGUAUUUGUUCUUCCGUAUUUUACAGUAAAACAUCUUUCGGAUCCUUUGGAAAUACCGCUAGCUUCCAGGCUCCUUGGACCAUACGAGACCUCGUUCAGGACCUUUGACGCAACAGAUUAUCAACCAAUAGGUGAGCAGGAGGGCUUGCUACAAAUUUUAAUUGAAAUUUUUUUUGGCGCUCGUUAUCAGUUAAUUUGAAAUAUCUUGACGUUUACGAAAUGAGUGAGAAAAUGAUGUUGGAAAUUUCAAUUGCUUUCAAACAGCUACAAUCGACGUUAAGAAGACAAUAUUUGAUUUGUGUACCGAUAUAACUGACAGCUUUGUAGCCGUUAUUGAGGUAAGCUUAAAAAUCGGAAACCUCUGCCUUGUUUUGUUUUCCUCCCUUCCAUCCUUCUUCUUUCAUUCCCAUCCUCUUCCUCUCCCGCUCCUGCUUAACUUCCUCUUUUCUCUUAUUUUCUCCCUCUUCUCCGACACUUCUUCAGAGGUAAGAGGAUUUUUGUGAUUUCUAUGAAACUUUAAAUUCAAUUUAUCUUGAUCGUAAGACCUGAGCCGAUUGGUGCGGUUUAGCUCUACUUGUCAAUCACUAGCCAAACUGCUUCCUGAUUAUCUUGCGGGAAAAACAAAAGAGGGUGAACUCUUUCGAAGGCGUAGUUGACAAUUCCGAUUUCAUUCACGAGGAAGCUCCCUAGAAAAACCGUAUUUUUUAGAGCAGGAAGCGGCUGUAGACAGGUUUAGGGAAUCUCUCAAGUGUUCAUCAGAACAUGGAGUGUCUCGCGCAUUACGAGGGUAGCAAAAAGUCUUAAUUUCCACACUGGUCACUGGAAAAGAUCUGCUGGCAGUGUUACCCACUGGUUUUUUUAGGAAAAGCUUUCUAUUUCAGAUGCUGGUUAGCUUUAAAACUAAUUAUAAAACAAACCUUCGAGUGCAGAAGUGUGUCUGCUUCAAAGCACCGUUUACGAUCAAAUGGAAGAAACAUCGCCAAAGGGAUUAACGGAAGCUACACCCAAAGAACAUAGGAUGCAGCGAAUAUCAGCUCAUAUCUGUGUCCUCGGAAAAGGUUACGUCGAAGCCAUUUGCCUCUGCGCUGAAAAAAAACUGCCUCACAGUUUCACUCAUCCGCUCUACGCUUCUUUUUUUUUCUUCUUUUUUCUUUUUCUUGUGGUUACGGUUACUUGCUCAAUUCCGAAAAUGCGGUGAGGCACAAUUAGUCAUGGGGUGUUUCGCUUUUUAACAGCCUCUUCGAGCAAGCGUCUUUUCGCCUUUCACUGCCCCCUCCUUCCACUUUCCACUCAAACUCUAAGUCAAACAUGGCCGGUGAAAUAAUCGAUCGCGAACUUCUUAACGUUAACUCGCCCUAAUAUAACGCCUGCACUGCAAGUUCAGGAGCUAGCAAUAAUCCCAGCUACCUCAUGCCACGACAACUGGGAGAAACUUUGGCAAUGCGAACCAUCUGACUGGCUUUAAUUGUCAUUUCAUGACUGCAUAAGUUGCAAACUAUCAUCGUAAAGAUCUUGUCAUCAUGUCAUAACAGUUCACGUGAAUUAUUUCAUAUCAUAAAUUCGGUAACGUUCUUUUUUAGAAUCAGGCCAGCACCGACGAAAGCGUUUGCCGGGUGUACGAAGUCGGGCGGCUGCGUAGGGCUGAUGACGAGGAAGAGCAGGUAUGAGAAUCUUAAGGACUUUCACAUCAAUAUUCGUAGGAACGGACCAAUCAAAGAGAUGUGAAACCGCCAUCUUGGAUGCGGAUUCGGUUAUGUGAUUGGUUCGUGCCUUAUUUGCAUACAGAAUCCUGCACUUUGUUGGCGCCCCCUGGCACUAAAGCAGAGAUGAACUUUAAAUUAUUUUUGGAACAUACUUCAAAAACACGUCACUUAGUGCAACACGUGUUUGAUGUAGGUCAAUAAAAUAACUACUCCAUGCCUUUUUUCUCUUAGGAAUCCGACGAAGGUGGCGAGGAAGAUGACGAUGUCGAUGACGAUGAUGAUGAAAAUGAUGAUGAUGACGAUGACGAUGAUGAUGAUGACGACGAAAUUGAAAUCACGAUAUCUGGCGAUGAUGAUUCGGAUGAUGACAGUGAUAUUGCAAUUUUUUGAAGCGCGGCUUUUAAGUUUCCAUCUUUCAGUUGUUAAUUCAACUCAACAAUGAGCACGUCAUUCUGCUAUGUUUUUAUCUUUGAAAAAUGUACUUGUAUCACACAAUUUGGGAAUGAUAGUUUAAGCUUGGAGUUGAGGUUCUUGACGGCGGAGUUUUUUUUAUGUAAAAUGCUAUGUAGCAGAAAGUAGAAGUCAUCAUCGAAAAAAUUACACCCAUGUUACUGAUUAUCAAAUAAAUAGGAAGGAUGGAAUAGUUUGUUAUUCCUCUUGUAAUGCAAACAAGCCAG